AUGCGGGAGCCAGGCUCUCACUCCCACCCUGCCAUGUCCUCAUCAGGAAAAGCUGCUGCUCCCGCCUCCUGCCUCUCCUCCCAGUGCUUCGACCUCCUGACCAGGUCCUGCGUCCAGUGCUCCGACUUGUUCAAGGAGAAUGCAACAGAGCCUGCCCGCAUGGCGCCCACCUCUGCCCUGGCGCCCACCCUCCCAUCAGCGGACAUGCCCAGCACUCUCCUGAUCUUCGGGGUUCCAGCGGUGGUGGGGCUCAUCCUGGCCCUGGCUGCCCUCUGGGGCUUCCUGGCCUGCAAGGUGGGCAAGCAGAGGAGGACAAGGAAGGCAGCGGACGAGGAGGCCGAAGCAAACAUGGAUGCUGCCAGCCCCCUGCCCGGCCCGGGCUGCCAGGACCCUGCCGUGCCAGAGGAAGAUGCCAUCCUGACUCCAGCCCCAUGCCCCCAUUAUAAUGGAGGCCUGAAGAUGGCGGGGCCGCCUGGGAAAGCUGGGACAAAGCGGAGGCCAUGUUGCCAGGGUGAUGCCGACGGUGAUAUUGUCCUGCUCUCUGCUGUGUACCCCCGGCACGAGGAGUGCAACCACAGCUUCCCACUGCCUGCCACCGAGCUGGGGGCCACAGCCCUGGUCACCACCAAAACCACCCAGAACUGCUCCAGCGAGGAGAGAGCCUGAGGGCGGGGGGGCACGGGGCUGGAGCGCUCUGGCUGCUCCCUGCAGAUGCCCAGAGCCCAUCCUGAGGCCAGGAAAAGCCCUGCAUGGACAUGAGCUGGCUGAGGACUGUGUUUUGCCUCGAACAAGAUCAGCCUUCUAGGAUCACUGCCCUUUUCCACCUUCCCACUUGCUCUGAGUCCCAAGCUGAGCCUGUAAGUGCCGGAGGAAGCCAAAGCGGAUCACACUGAGUGAUGCCAAACUGCCGACAGCUGCUGCAGCCGUGCCAUCGGGAGGAGGCAGAGGAGAUGUGGCUGGUGAGGACUGAGCAUGGCAGGGGCUGCUGUGCCAUUUGCCAGGCUGCAGUUGUGCUAGGAUGGGUCUGCUGCUGGA